GUACGAGUAACGGACGACUACAUUCGUUGUAAAGUCGUGGCCGGCAAAAGUGUUGUAUAUCGGGAUUUAAUCACAAUUAUUAUUACUCAGUUAAUGUUAAAUUAAAAGAAAUAUAAAAACAAAUUUUGUUUAAAAAUUAAACAAAAAGUAGAGAUAAUAAAAAACAAGUUUGAGAUUGAGAAAAAAUAUAAAUAAAAUAAAAAAUAUUUUAAUAAAAAUAAAACAAAAGUUAUAAAAAGAAAACAUGAAUUGAAGUGUAUAAGAGUAUUUGGUAUAAAGUUAUUAAAAUACCGUUAAUUCAACAAAAUACAUUUAAAAAAAACUAAACCUUUGGGAUACGAACGACUACAAUUGAAUUUGUACGUUUUAUUGCAGAAAAAGGAGUAUUUAACUCAACUCUACUAAAUAGAAACGCAGCUUAAAGGCCAGAAAAGAAAGUGAAAUUUUAUAUAAAAAAAGACAAAGUUUAACAUCUAAUAAAAAUGGGAGAACAAGAAGAGAAAGAAACUCCUCAGACUGAGAGCACUCCACAACAGGAGGUGGUUGAGGAACCCAAGGAAACCGACAAAAUGCUGGAAAAGAAAGACGAUGAAACUAAACAAAGUGCUGAGAAAUUGGCGGAAGAUAAAAAGAAAUCUGCUUCAAAACCCACCACACCAACGACCGAAAAGAAAGAUAAAGACUCAAAAGAGUCGGAUGAAAAGAAAGCUAAUGGUGGCGGUGAGGAAAUAAUAGAUAUACCAGAAGGAGGUGCUAAAACGGAAACGGCAGAUGGUAGCGAUGAAAGAAAGUUAUCGGCCGAAGAAAGAGAAGUUAAGCCCAAGAAAAUACCCAUUGGUGGUUUAAAGCUGCCUGGUUUCUUUAUGAAAAAUAAACCAAAGUCCGAUGGUGAUGGUGCCGAAGGUGAAUUACUAGAGAAAGAAAAUAAAGAAGAAACGGAAGAGGGCGAAAGUAAACCCGUUAAAAAGGAAGAGAAGCCCGCUAAAAACUUUGGUGAACGUUUGCGCAACUUUUUUGUACGCAAACCUGCCGAGAAACAAGCUAAACAGCAGGCUGCCAAUGCAGAAGCUGAUAAUAAAAGUGAAGCUACCGCAGAAGCAGCAGAAGCCACGGCUGAACAGCAAAACUCAGAUGGUCCUCCCAAGAAGAGAGGUCUCUUAAAUGCCAUCAAGUUGCCCAUAGCCAAUAUGGUGCCUAAAAAGAAAUCCGAUGAUGAUGUAGAAAUGGGCAUGGGUAAAGCCGGCCUCGCCUCCAUGGAGACUUUAGAUGAUUCCCUUAAAGAUCAAGACUGUGUCGAUAAGGCGUCGACAAAGAAUAAUGGUGUAGAAGAGAUUGCUAAACUUAAGAAAUCUCCCAGUGGAGAGAUUAAACAGGCAAACGAUGAAAAAUCUCCCGAAGAAGUAGACGAACCACCAGUAUCAUUUUGCCAACGUUUACGUUCAUAUAAAUGCUCUGUGGAUGAUGCUCUAAUAGCUUUAGGCAUUUUACUAUUUGUCUUGCUUAUUGCUGUUAUUGGUUAUGUGCUCUCGCAUGAGACGCUUACCUCACCGCCCAUAAGAGAGGGACGUUAUAUGGAUGCUGUUACCGGCUGUGGCAUGGUGGAAGGCUUGAAGGAAGAUGGUGCUUUCGCUUUUCGUGGUAUUCCUUAUGCCUUACCACCCGUGGGUGAUAGACGUUGGCGACCGGCUCAAAUAAUUGAAGGUAUCGAUGAUUGCUGGAAUGGCACUUUGAAAGCUCACAACUCCAGUGAACUGUGUACCCAGAGAUUGGGUAAUGGUACGGUAGUGGGAGAUGAAGAUUGUCUGUAUUUGGAUGUAGUUACACCACAUGUACGCUACGAUAAUCCCUUACCGGUUAUAGUAAUGAUAGGAGCAGAGAGUUUAACUGGUCCUUCACCUGGAGUUCUUAGACCUUCUGCCCGUUACUCACGUUCCCAUGAUGUUAUAUUUGUAAGACCCAAUUUCCGUUUGGGAGCAUUUGGUUUUUUAGCCUUAGAAGCUUUAACCAAGGAUACUUAUCCUCAUACUUCGGGAAAUUAUGCUUUAAGUGACAUUAUUGCGGCCCUCAAAUGGAUCAAAUUGAAUAUUGCUCAUUUUGGUGGCGAUCCCAAAUCAGUUACUUUAUUGGGUCACCGUGCUGGUGGUACUUUGGUAUCUGCCUUAGUUACUUCGAAAAAGGCCGAAGAUUUAUAUACACGAGCUUGGGUUUCCUCUGCCUCGGCCAUUUUGCCCGGCAAAGCGUUAACGGAAUCUGAGAAACGUAACCAGGAAAUUAUGCAAGCCAUCGAAUGCCAAGACGUGGAUUGUCUGCGCAGCACAACAGCCGAAAAAUUGUGGGAUGCUACCCCUGAUACUUGGUUACAUUUCCCUCUUGACGUUCCCACUUUAGAAGAAAAUUCUACUGCUCACCACGAAUGGUUGGUAAUUGAUGGUGAUAUUUUACAAGAACAUCCUGCCGAAUCGUGGAAGAUAGAACAUACCGGUAAUCCCAAAUUGGUUAUGGGUACUACGGCUCAUGAAUCUCACACAGAUAAAUUACAUAAACGCACUAACUGGACGGCUGAAGAAGUACGCAAUUUCUUGGAAUCAUCUAAAAUUGGAGCUCUUAAUCUAACCGACGAAGCCAUACAACGUUAUAAUGCUACCAACUAUCGUGCACUAAUCUCUAUGAUCUCCGAUAUUCGCACCAUCUGUCCGCUACUAACAAAUGCCCGCCUUCAACCCUCAGUACCCUUCUAUGUGGUCACACAGGGUGAGGGUGAAGAACAAUUGGCAACUGUAGAUGCCGAUGUCCAGGCCAUUUUGGGCCGUUAUGAACCACACACUGUCGAACAAAGACGCUUUGUAUCGUCCAUGCAACAACUCUUCUACUACUAUGUCUCCCAUGGUACCAUGCCACAGUACGAGCCCAGAAGACGAGUACUUAAUAUCGGUCAAGAUCCUCUGCCACAAGAAGAUUAUCCCAAUUGUAAUUUCUGGAUUAGUAACGAUAUUGUACCACGUUAUGCUCGCGUCGAUUAAGUCCCUACUAACUGAGACAGAACCCUAAAACUAAGCUCAGCUCUGACUGAUAAAGAUGAAGAUGCUUAUGAUGACUGAUUUAGUUUAACUUUAUAUUCUCGCCCUUACACUCACCCCCCAAUUACACAAAAUUUAUUUUAGAGUUCGCAUCAUUCUAAAAAAAACAUUAUAAUGUGAGUGUGAACGUGGAACAAAAUCCCUUUAAGCAGACGUUAACAAAAAAUCUCCACAAUUUUCUCUUCUACUUCAUUCUAUAUACAUUUGUGAAUUAUAUAUAUUUUUUUAAUUAUAAUUUCAUAUUUUAAUAUGAAUUGUAAGAAAAUAAUUUCCCAAAACUAACUUCGCAAAAAUUCUCAAUAUUUCAUUUUUUUGUUUUUAGUUUAGCUAUUAAGCAAAUUUAGUAUUUAAAGUUUUGUAAAUUUUAUUAAUAAGUUUUAUUUUUUAUACAUAAACAACAACAUUUUUUUUAUUUUUAAAUAAUAUCUCUAAGUUAUGAACUAUAAAAAGAAACAAAAAAUAUUAAAACAAGAAAAAAAAAAUAAACAUACGAACAUAAUAAUUUAUGCAAAAUACUUGAUAUAAAACAAAUGAAAACAAAAACAAAACAAAAAAACAAACAUUCAUACGUAUUUUUUAUGUAAUUUAUAUAUAAAAACAAAAAACAUAAAACAACAUUUUUUAAACAAUAAAAAAAUACUUUAAAAGUAUACAAAAUUUGUAAUCUCUAUUUGUUUUUUCACACCCACUGUACACUGUGUGUACUGUGUACCAUCAAUGUUUUUUUUUUUUGGGCCGUCUCAUUAUUGUUCACUGUGCAUUGCGAAAAGUUAUGACUUUUAUUUUUUUUUCUAGACUAUAGUUCAUUCUGUAGUCAAUACUAUAGAUCAAUCUAUAGUCAAGACUAUAGAUAGUCUAUAGUCAAGAUUAUAGAUCAGACUAUAGUCAAGAAUAUAGAUCAGUCUAUAGGCGAAAUUAUAGAUCAGCCUACAUUCAAGAUCUGUCUGCAGUCAAGACUAUAGAUCAAUCUAUAAUCAAGGCUAUAGAUCUGUCUGUAGUCAAGACUAUAGAUCAGUCUAUAGCAAAGACUAUAGAUCAGUCUAUAGUCA